GCAAAGUGUACAACAUCAACAACAGCGGCUCGAUCAGGAAUGCGCCAAUGCUCAACAAUGGCAUGAACUACAACAGAGCGGCGAUCACUGCUAACCCAGGGAGCAAAGAAAGCAGGCGAGCCAGAAGUAUCAAGAAGCCAGUCAACACAACCGUCAAGACGCUCCGGAGCAUGUACGGAGGACGCCCAGACACCAUUUUCUUCCAGUACCCCGAGUACUGAGGAGAAGUCAGAGACGAAGCAGGAACCACAGAGUUUUCUCAGCAAGCCUUCAAGAAGCUGGGCUACUCACUCACAUUCAAAGUGACAGGGUCCACCCACAUCUACAACUCCAUCGUUAAUUCGAUGAAGAUGGCAGGCUUCCAGAUGGUCACUGGGUCGAACUGGAAUAUGCUCUGGACAGGCAUCCCGAGACCAGACACGAUCAAGAACGCUUGUAAGUUCCAGAAGAUCAACCACUACCCGUCGACGAUGCAGAUCGGUCGCAAAGACAACAUGUGGAGGAACAUUUUCAGGAUGAAGCGCAAGCACGGCAAAGACUACGACAUAUGUCCAAAAACUUACAUAUUUCCAGAAGACCACAAAAGGUUCAAGAUGGACAGGGAGGGAGAGAAGAAGAGUGUACUGUACAUUCUGAAACCAGCAGCUUUAUCAUGUGGAAGAGGUAUCAGGAUCAUUGGUAAAAAUAGUAACGUGAGAAGGAGAAAGGGAUAUGUUGCUUCAAAAUACAUUCACAAACCUCACUUAAUCAACGGUUUCAAGUAUGAUUUGAGAAUUUAUGUGCUUGUAACUUCAUUUGAUCCUCUCAGAGUCUAUAUGUAUGACGAAGGACUGGUCAGAUUUGCUACUGAGAAGUACUCAACUAAAAAGAGUGCUCUUAAGAAGAGAUUUGUUCAUUUAACGAAUUACAGUGUAAACAAGAAAGCAUCAGAUUACAAAAGGAAUGACAUGAAUGAUGACAAUGAGGAUAGUAACAGCAAAUGGAACUUCACAAUGCUGAAAAAGUAUUACAAAAAGAUGGGGAUUCCAGUCAAAGAAGUCUUCAGCGGGAUUAAGGAUGUCAUUAUAAAAUCUUUGAUAUCGAUUGAGCCUCAUAUUGCCAAUAAUUACAACAGAUAUUCAAAACAUAAAAAUACUUGAUUUGAAGUGUAUGGUUUCGAUGUAAUCAUUGACUCAAGUCUCAAAGCAUGGAUCUUGGAGGUUAAUGUAUGCCCCUCCUUCAGUAGUUCCUCUUACUUAGACAAAAAGGUAAAAACAAUGAUGCUGUGAGAUGCAUUCCACUGUGUUGGAUUUAUGCCAUUUGAUCGCAAGAAACUCGAUAAGGAGGAAGAAGAACAAGCAAAAAAUAGACUUUUAGGGUUUGAUAAGAAUAAAGAAGCCUCAAAGACCAAAAGUGUUGCAAGACUUGACGGUGAAAUUAAAGAUUUUAAAAAUCAAGUAGAAAACCUUAGUAAAGCAGACAUAACUAUGCUUAUGGAAUAUGAUGAAGAAUUAUCUAGAAAAGGACAUUAUGAAGCUAUUUUCCCAAAGCAAAGUAAUAUCAAAGCCUAUGAAAAGUUCUUUGAGUGACAGAGAUACAACAACGUGUUGCUUUGGAGCUACAUAAAGCAUGGAAAAUCUGUAAACCUCGGGAAAUAUCUGAACCAUUAAUAAUUUCUUAAGAUGAAGCUAGUUUCAUAUUAAAAACCCAGCUCUCAAUUUCUUUUAAAUCCUCUUACCGUACUUCCCUCACACAAAGCUUCUUACUUCUUCUUUUCUCCACCCCUGGCUGUUCACAGGCAGGAACUGUGCUGUACAUUACUCGGAUGUGACCGGCAGGCUAAAAUAAGUAAUUCAAGGGUUGUUGUAUGGGGAUCAUAUGGAGAAUCGAAGAUGGGUGGAGAGAAGGUGUUGAAUAAAGGAUAGAUAGGAAGGAAUUGAUUGUUUAAGAGAAGUUUCAUAAUAUUUAUAAACAAAGAAAACUUG